AAUAGCUGAAGACAACUAUUAUAGGUCAUCUGGUCAAACCAUUUGACCAUAUCUAUCCAAAAAACAUACUUUACGGCACAUGCUAUUGUUUUGUAUAUGCUGAUAAUUUUCUGCGGUACGUAAUAACAACCUUUUCUUGUAAAGAUUCCUUCCACUUCCUGGCGGCUAAGCUAAUACCUUAUUUUUAUAUAAAGGCAGGCCAACGACCAUAUGUUAACCCUGUACUAGCCACCUCUUCCUCUUUUUUUUUUCUUCAUCCUCUUUUCUUUUGCUUCUUUCAGCUUUGGUUCCAUGGCAACAACAUCAACACCAGAUUCAUCUUCGGAUUUAAGUAUAACUGUCGAAAGCAGUCCUUCUGAUUUGCGAUUAUCUGAACUGGGUAUUAAAUCAUGGCCUAAAUGGGGAUGUCCUCCAGGGAAGUAUCUGCUGAAAUUUGAUGCUGAAGAGACAUGCUAUUUGCUUAAAGGAAAGGUGAAGGUGUAUCCAAAAGGGUCAUCUGAAUAUGUAGAAUUUGGUGCAGGUGAUCUUGUCACAAUCCCUCAGGGUCUUAGUUGCACUUGGGAUGUAUCUGUUGCAAUUGAUAAACACUAUAAAUUUGCCUCUUCAUUAUCUUCAUAAUUCUACCAUAUCUUUGUAGCCAUCUUAUCUCUCAUUUUUCUCUCUUUCUCCUUUAAAUGAUUCAUCAAAGAUAAAUAUUUAUAUUCUUUUUAUCAAAAAUUUUUUUUAAUAACCCAACUCUUUAAGCAGGCGAUACGUCUAUUACUAUUAUUAUUAUUAGAAUAAACAUUCAGGUGCUAAGGAUUAAUAUAUAUAUAUAUAUAUAUAUAUAUUGUGAGUACAAAGGAAUAAGAUGCCCUACCAACUAACGGUUUAAAUAUAUAAUUGAGUGGCUUUUAAUAUGUUUAAUCUAAUGAUCUAAAGUUCAAUUGGGUAUUAAAUUCUACUUAGUUUCAUGCAAUCUAAUAUAUGAAGAAUUUUAGAAGUUUUCAAUGUAUGACAUGUGAUGUAUCAAUAUGGUUUAAGCAACAAAAUUAAAGCUACCCAUUACCCAAUUGGCCCUAACGGAAAGAGAUCUCUUAUUCAGAUUUUGAUUGUGAGGUAAUAACGUAGUAGAAGCAACAAAUUUAAAGCUACGAACUGAUAUGGCUUAUUCUAAUUGAUAAAUACAAUUAUUUUUAAUAAAUGAUUUAAUUUUUAAGAAUAUAACCAAAUUUGCAAAUCAAUAUUUGAAAGCGUACCAUCAAGAGCAGAAACAACAACAAACUCUAGUGGUCAGGUCAAGCUAUAGGUGGAAGAUAAUAUAAGUAGAUAAAAUAAUCUCAUA